CUUUAACGCGUUGGCCGUCCUCGGAAACUGGUUAUUCGCUUACGUCAUCGAGAGGGCGCUCUUAUAUCCUUCAGUAAUAUAUUCAAUCCGAUCGAUGAUUGUAUAUUCUGUCAUACACCCAAGCCUCUUUGUAUAACGCGUCAUCGAACAUCGCUAGGACACUAACCGGUUUCUAUUCACUAUUGUGUUUACUUCGCUUCGAAACCUUCAACAUCAACGUUGUGAAACCGAGUCACACAUUCUUAUCAAAAGGCGGUACACUGCCCUGAGGGGCGGAGAAGAGUUCAGAAAAACAGUCUUAGAUAUAUUGGUAAAGAUCUCCUCUAAAGUUAAAGUGAUUAUUGUUCAAAUUCUCUAAGAUCCAGUACGCUAUCCUUUGGAAUUUGUUUGUCUAUUAAGACUGUAUUAUGGAGCGUUAAUUAUAUGUUGGAAUUCUUAUCUGGCGAAUAAACUGUCGACUGAAUGUUGUUCUAGAAUUACGCAAAAAGAGACGAGACUAAGGCGAAUCAUGAGUUCGGUUGUUCUCGCAAAAGCUUUAUAUAGCAAUGACUCCGAAGCGGAUGAUGAACUCUCGUUCAGGAAAGGCGACGUUAUCACCGUACUGGAGACAGAUUUCGAAGGGAUGGAAGGGUGGUGGUUGUGUUCCCUGGGGGAUAAACAGGGUGUCGCCCCUGGAAAUAGACUGCAGUUGAUCUCAUUUGAUGAUGAUAACACAACAGAGCCACAAGAUGUGUAUGAUACUCCAGGACAAGCGUAUAAAGAAAGAUACGGAGAUGUUGAUUAUGACGUACCGAAGCCUUUCGCAGAUGACGACGAUUAUGCGAUACCAAAAUCUCCAUACGAUGCAUACCCCGCGCCGGAAUCGCAGAGGCAUGGAUAUGUCUUACCCAGUCCUCGAGUGAUUUCCGCGGAACGGAAUAGCAAUUCUUCGGACGGACUGAUCACCAACGAGAUUUAUGCAGCUCCCUCCUCGCACUAUAGCUCUGAGAGGUCUAGUGAUGAGUUUCGAUUUUCCGGUGAAAUGUCUCAUGGGAGCGGAUCUGAGGAAAUGUAUGACGUGCCUUCACGCAACUCACUCGAGUGUGAUGAUGGUCAGCGGAACACUCUGCUGCCGGUUAUUCCCCCAAAAGCAAGGGAUGUCGCCAGCGACGGACACCAUAGCAACAGUGGAAGUCGUCACGGUUCACAAGAGAUCUACAGUUUUCCUGCAGGAACUGGACAAAGUGGUUCUGAACUAAAUGGAAAGUAUACGGAUGAUAUGACGUACGACCAGUUGCCUGGCAACGAGAUUUACGAUCAGUUACCCCACAAUGAUGUCAAACAGUUCGACCAUCAAGUAAGUACUGUAUCGAGUGAUGGUGAAGAUUAUGCUACUAUCCCAAGCCCAUCCAUUAUUGAUCCACCCCAAGAGAUCUACGAUGUCCCUCCUGCAGCACCCGAAGAACUCUACGAUACCCUUCCGAGCGGCCUCGAAGAAGUCUACGACGUUCCACCAAUUGGUCCCGAAGCAUUUUACGACGAAUUGCCUCUAGGAGAGAAAGCUGAUGGUAAUAACAACCCCCCGGUCGUAUCUGGAAGUAUAGAGAGUCGUCCUCAGGUUUACGAAGAACGUCCAGGGAGGGUCGAAGAGAUUUACGAUAAUUUUGCCGACAAGGGAGUCAAGGGGAACACAGGGAGCCUAAACAGAAAGCGAAUUGAAAGUGAUGAUUAUGUUGAUUAUCAAGAAAUAUAUGGAAUUGGAGAGAACGAACCUGCGAAGACGAACAAGGACUCCCAACAAAAGGAGCAAUCAGUGUUGGAGAAAAUCCACAUGGAUAAAGUCCGUGAGCUACGAGUGAGUCAUAAUGUUGCUAUGCACAACCUUGACAAACUACAGCAAGCGGUGGACGUAGCUGUCACCAAGCUUAUGAGCUUUGUCACCGAUGAUUGGCGCAGGUCAGAAGUCUACGCUUUGAACAUAAACGGGAUACGAGAGAUUUCUGGAAAGGUUAAGGUCGCUCUUCGUCUGUUAACGGAGUUUGGUCUCGGUGCGUUGAAGAAUUCCAAGAAAUUGCCCGAUAAGGAAAUUGCUGGAAGAAUCGAGGAAGCACUGAAACCUUUGUUGGAGUCUUAUUAUUCAAUCAAGUCUGCUAUUCAACGAUUGGAUGAGAGCAACUGGAGAUCAGCCUAUCAGGAGAAGCCUGAGGAUGAUUUGAAUACCAUCGCAAAACUAGCCCAGUGCAUACCGUGCGGGGCGUACAACCUUGGUGCAGUGAUUGCAAACGUUGCUUACAUCUUGUUUACCGGGGAAACACGAGACGACAACACUCCUUCACACCCCAAAAUCAUAGUUGAAACAAGCGAAGCUACUCAAAACCAGUUGAGCCCUGCAACAGCGCAAAUCGAAAAACCUGAGGCUAGAAGAUUAUUUCAAGAACCUGUCAGUCCCACCCCACUUGUGACCGCGCAGCGUAGCAACCCGACGAGUCCUGUGGUGAGAAAUUCUUCCCCAGAGCCUAUCAGCCCCUCUCCAGCUGUGGACGCGCAACAAACCGUAACCCAGAAUCCUGAGGCGAGAAAGUCUUUCCAAGAUGCAGUGAGCCCGACUCCCGUGGCGGUGCAGGCCGAAAGUACGAAGCAGCCUGAGGCGAGUAAAAUGGAACCAGAAACCGCCAAAACCUUACCCCAAGAAACCAAAACUCCGCCUGUUGUUCAGCCGAAACCAAAGAGAGUUCGAAAGAGAUCCGAUAGUGCCCCGAAUCCACCGACGCUUUCCGAUAUAGAUCGUACUCAAUUGCUUUCUGAUCACGUAUCGGAACUCACGAAUAAUUUAUUGAAUCAAAUUGACACUAUCAAGUCGCCAUCAGAGGGCCUUUCCAGAAAGGGAAGUAAAAAACUUAGCCCAAGAACUGUCCGUAGACUUUGCUCGAUUACGCUGAAAAACGACGACAGGAUUAACGAAAAAAUGUUCGAAGAUGUGACGGCUAUACCUCCAAAACCCUCCCGACAGUGUAGCUCACCCGCAACACCUGUGACUCCUGCGGGCGACCAGCAUUCAUCUCUCACAGGGACGAUGUCGUACCCAGGUUCUCUUCAUUCGGAUAUCUUCAAUCAAACUAGCUUUGAAAGUAUGAAAUCAUUUGUUGAAAAAAUGAACAGUGAGUUCAUGGUUUUGAAGGAAGCCAUUAAAAGCUUUGGAGAAAGCGUGCGCGAAAGACACAUGCCGAAAAUCUUCGUGGCGCAUAGUAAGUUCAUUGUGCUGAGCGCCCACAAGCUGGUGUAUAUCGGAGACGGGGCAUCGCGAACAGUCAUUGGUGAAGAUCGCGCAAAGAUCUCGAGUGUAACAAACUCUCUUUCAGAAGUGAUCAAUAUAUUUGUUGAGGAUAUAAAGAUAGCAGCUCGUCAGUAUCCCGAAGAAGCGGCCAUGAACACGAUGAUAAAGAGUGCAACAAAUGUCACUGAAAAAGCUUUGGGACUCUAUAAGGCACUCAAACGCCAGGCGAGUUAACACGACUCCAUAUAUAUAGUUUGAAAUUACUCCAGUGCAAUGACACUGUUAAAUUAUCCACUCGUUCGCUACUCUGGUUGGUUUUUACGUACCGAGGUAUGAAUUUUACUGCUUUGGAUAAGUUGUUAAGAAACUGACAGGUCAGAUUUGUUAAAACACGCUGUUUUAAACAUAUUUUCAUAGCUAACGAAAAUUUCAAAAUCAUAGCUCUUGUUUAAAACCAACCAAAAUUCUUCUAUCGACCAGAAGUUAUGUCAUGUGCAAGCGAACAUUAGGGCUCAAAAUGAUUCGUACAAAGUUAACACGGGUUCGCAGCAUGAACAAUUCUAGUAUUUAUGUAAUGUCAAAUGAAGCUUUCACGAAACACAGGUCAGUUUUUGGGCACUCCAGCUCAAAAGGUAUACAGUAUUAUUUAAAGAUUAUUGAGCACUCUCUGUCUCUGACGAAUGCAAAAUUCCAAUUAUCGUUUUAUUGCUUUUAAGAAAGUUGUAGAUUAAUGUAAUUAAUAGUUUUAUAAAUAAGCAAUGUAAUUCUUAAAUUAUUAAAGGAUAUUUGUCCUCGA